AAGUUUUGGUUUUGCUUUAAAGUUUUAGAGGAUCUUGUUCGCUGAUCAAGGUUUUGGCUUUUAACUUUAACUUUUUUCGGGUUUUUCCUGUAAAUAGCAGUCCGAUUCCGAAAUUUUUGGCCCCCUGCCGAAAUAAUCAUCGAUUGAAUAAAAGUGGCCAAGGUUGUGAUAAAUCGGUUCGGAAAUUGUACCCGGUUAUUCCUAAUUGGGUUUGUUUGACCCUGAAAAAGUGUCAAUUACUUGGUGCUCGCUUUAUCGGGUGUCUUUCAGCUUAGAUUUUAUCUCUGGGGGGUAUUUAUUCUUCUAAAUUUACAGGAUUGUUGCACCUGGCGUUGUUCUUGGGCACGUUUCAACCACCCAGUACUUUACCUCCUCCCUUGGGUGCACUGCAACUAAGAUUGGAUGCAGUAAUUUGCCUCAUUUAAUUAUGUGUAUACUGCACGGGUGAAUUGUUGAAUUGUUGCUUUGAUAGAAAAUAUUUAGAGCAUCGAGGCACAAAAUAUUGGAGUCAAUGGACCACCAGGAGAUGGGAGAAGGAAAGGAGCAUUUCUAUGGUUUCGUGUCAUCUGCAUCGGGUUCUUCAGCCAAUGGAAACCCUGGCCUUUCUCGGAGCAAUUACAAGACAACUGAAGGUCCUUUGCAAGGAUUUGAUUUCACUUCAGAUGAUCUCCUCUCGAGUUAUGACUACAACAAGAAGCAAAAUUUUACUGAUCAUUAUGUUGCACCAUCCCGAUUGGGAAAUUCUUCAGCAGAUAGCUACAUGAGCAACAUGCGUUCUGACAGACAAUUUCGGGAAUCUAGAACUGCGAAGCCAUAUGCAAAUGAGCAGUUGCAGGAGGAAGACAGUCGCUACAAUGAAGUUAUUGGAACUGUUGAACGGACUAUGAAAAAAUAUGCAGACAAUUUGUUGAAAGUUUUGGAUGGUAUGAGUAGCAGGUUAUCACAGCUAGAAUUGGUCAAUGAAAGGCUUGAACGGUCAAUAGGGGAAAUGCGGGCUGAUAUGGAACAUGAUCACAAUGAAACUGGUGAACGUUUCAGGAUAUUGGAGAAUCAUCUUCGAGAAGUUCACAGAACAGUACAAAUUAUGCGGGAUAAGCAGGAGAUUGUAGAAGCCCAGACAGAACUGGCAAAGCUUCAGCUUGCACGAAAAGAAUCAUCCAGCAAUUUGCAUGGUUCUGAAGACAAAUCUCUUGCAUCUAGUACUCUAUCAGAGGUUAAACAGGACCACACAUUUCAACCUCAGAAUGUUCAGGCACAACAUCGAUCAUCACAUCCUGCCUUGCCUGCCUUGCCUGCCUUACCUGCACCUCAGCAACCAAGUCCAUCCCAUUCAUUGCCCAUGCCAACUCCUGAACAAUGUCAACCUUCUUUAUCACAACAACAGCAACCUGCCCAGGGAAAUAUGAUGCAGCAAUCUCCAGUUACACCCUUUCCACAACAAGUUGUACAAUCGCAACAACCACCUAAUGUAAUGGUAAUGCAACCAUACCCACCACAACAGCCACAACAACAGGGACAGAUCCAGCAGGUACCUCAAGGACCACAGAUUGCCCAAUUGCCAUAUGCUCCACAACCACCAGUACCACAAACUCAAAAUCUACAAUAUACCAAUCAACCACCUCAUAUUCAGAAUGUAUCGAAUCAAAGUUCACAACCACAUGUUCAACGGACACAUGCUCCACAAAUGGCACAACUCCAAGCCCAAUCACGACUGCAACUGCAACCACAACCACAGAUGCAGCUUCAACCUCUUUCUCAACAGACACAUUUGUCACAGCAGGCUCAUAUGCGACCUAAUGUAUAUCCUGGCCAAACACAUGGAGCUUCUCCUGAAGCAUUUUCCUAUGCCUCAGAAAAUGCAAACCAGCAGACACAGCCAUCUUAUCAGGUUGGUUCUUCUGAAGCUUCGACUUAUAAUUAUGGAAGCCCUGCGCAUUUCAUACAGCCAUCUUCACAAGGGCAGCUUACCAUGCAGUUACCACGUCCUCAACUCAAUCAAGGUGUAUCACAAACCAGUGAUGGUGGCAGUGCUAGUUCUGCUCUAGUGCCACUGCCAGCUGGGCAUCCAAUGCAUGGAUUUUCAGCAUAUAAUUUACCUCCUAGACCACCUUCUGGUCCAUAUGGUGUAGCAUUUUCUGUGGGUCCACAAGUGAAUCCUUUUCCAGGAGCUUAUACAAGAUUUCCUUCUCCUCAGCAAGCUCAACAAUAUGCACAACCUAGUGCUAAUGCGGUACCUAAUACCAGUGGAGGUCAUUUGCCAUCUACUCGUGCUUUUGAUGAACUGAUUGAACAAGUGACAGGAAUGGGUUUUUCAAGAGAUCAAAUUCGAAGUGUGAUUCAGCAACUGACAGAAAGUGGGCAACCUGUAGACAUGAAUUCAGUGCUAGACAGGUUGAACAAUACAACAGGACCAUCACAAAGAGGCUGGUAUAAUUGAUUAAUGAGCAAAGGAAGCUUAUGCGUGUGCUUGUACCUGAUCGUAUGCUCUAUUUUAAAUUUUAAUGUUUGGAUUUUGGUCAGGGCAAAUUCUGAAUUUUCAAAGCCUAACAACAAAAUGUAAAAUUUGUUAUUGUAAUUAGGGUGUUUUAUAGUAAUGUGUUAGUCUGCACCUUCUGCAAUAAAAAGGUACUUCAAACUCGGAAUGUUCACAUGCUAUUGGAGCCACGGUAGAAGGCUCAUCUGAGCUUAAUUUGUUUGUUGUUGGCAGAUAAAUAAUGGAAAAGGAUGAAAGGAUUGUUCCUAAUUUUCACUGUGUUUCAUUCAAUGUAUAUUUUGAUGCACCAGAUCAAGUUUUUCUGAAACAUGUAUUUUUUGUGCUCUAAAUCAUACGGAACAUUGCAUUCUAUACAGAGAAGUUUCUGGGAAGGCAAAGAUCAACAAACAGAAUCAUUGUCAAGAUUUUUAA